AUGUCAGAAACGGAUGGCUCGGUUGAAAAUGCCCGGGCCAUUCCUCUCAGCUUCCGGGAUUCUUGGAAACCUCUCGACAACAUUCGUACCUUGCUGUUCUUCGUUGUGAAGCAAAAGCUUGAUGAAGGAAUUCUCCAAAAAACUUUGGAAGAGCUUAUCAGGGAGCAUUUGCCGAUCCUUGGUGCAAGAAUACACGCUGCUAGGAAGACGGGGCAACUGGAAUAUCACAUACCAGCAACUUUCGACAAAGAUUACGAAUUGUUCCGGUGGUCCAGAGCUUCGGUCAAAAAAACAUUCCAAGAGGCUAAUAUUCUGAAGCCUAAUGAUGCUGUUGAAGAACAAAAUAGCAUCACCUCCUACCCAUCGAUUGUUGAACUUGAGGCAGCUUGGACGCCCUCGAGCUGGCCCCUCGAGCGGAAACAGGAAGAAAACGAUUGCCCACUUCUUCUAGUACACCUUACCCACUACGAAGAUGCAACAGUCGUCGCCACAAACCUUCCUCACUUAGUAGCCGACCAAGCGGGUUACGCUACUAUCAUAGAAUCUUGGAUCAACCUUAUUCGUGGUAAAAGCCUACCUCCAUUCUUUAAGAUCCCGCAGGGUGUACUUGAAGGAGCAAACAUGGCACAGACUGAGCUAUGUAGAAGUAAGGGAGAGUAUCGAGUCCAGACUAAGUGGGAGAUUAUCAGAGUACAGUUUGGCUUUAUACCUGAAAUAGUGAAGCAGCGGCAAGAGGAAAGGAGAAUCAUGCUCUUUUCCGGGUCACUUGUUGAGAAGCUUAGAAACGACAUGAACGAACAAAUUGCAAAGAGAAAUGGCCCUGACACAGUCGUGUUGACGAGCAAUGAUAUCCUCGCGGCAAUCUUACUUAAGCUUAGUAACCUUCAUCGAAAGUCACCGAAGAUGGUAACCUUGAGUGGUGCUGUCGAUAUCAGAGGCCGUCAUACCGAUCUCCCAAAGUCGGAGCGAUACAUCCAUAAUGCUUUGGCAUUCAGUACGGCUCGAUUUCCCGUCUGCAGGGACACGCCACUUAUGGAUAUCGCGGUACAGAAUAGGCGUGCAGUUAACAGAGCAACAACACAAGCAGGUAUCGAUUGCAGUCUCGCAGUUAUGAAAGAAAUGCACAGGAGUGGCAAAUCAAUGCAUAUCUGCGAGCCAUUCGAGAUAAGCUACGCAACUACUAACUGGUCUGGUGCAUGGGCGAAUAUCGACUUUUCGCCAGCGAGCAAGGUUAGAAUGGGUAAGACAGAGCAGGGCUCGAGUUCCUCGACUACUCCUACUCUUGUGUUCGGCCACGCCCUAGGACGCGAUAUUUUUGUGUUGAGAUAUAAUUCACAGAUUAUGUGCAAAACAAAGGAGGGAUUUUGGGUUGACUUUGCUUCGUCGGUCAAAAAUAUGAGGCUUAUUGACAGCCUGCUGAAGCAAAACCCACUACUCGAGGGAAUUUAA